UACCACUUUGUUGAACCUUCAAACACAUAGCAAAAACAGUUUCUUUGGUGUAGUACAAAUUUGAAGGUAUAUGGAAAAUGAUAGAGAUUUCCCAAAGGGACAGCCAAAAUCUCUUUCCUCAAGGAGGAACAUGGAGAAGCUGCGUUUGGAAUUGAGCAAAACCAAUGGAGGAGUUCAGUCUUUUGCACCGGGGAAGGGAAUUAAUCGAAAUUGGGGGGUUGCAAGAUAUGGUAUUGGAGAAGUUCAUGACCAAACAGAAGAGCUUGAUCCUGAGUAUAACAAAGGAAAUGAUUCAGUUUUCAAUUACACUGAUGAUAAGGAACCAGUGACUUAUAUGAAAUUUCCUGCUGUUGGAAGCAUUGCAGAACCAGUGACUGGUCCACUUUUGAAACCGUUUAUCUGCAAUGUGUCUGCUCCAAAAUCCUGUGAUGUCCAUCUUGGUGAAGGUUUUUCUGAUAAUGCCUCAGACAUUUCCUAUGCAAAAGGGCUAAUGGAGUUGCAACAGAGGCAUGAAGAAGAAAAUGCAUCGGAUGAACUUUGAUCGUUGUAGUCUUUGCAUAGAUGAGAUAUGGUAGAGAAGAAGAUUCACGAUAAUGAUGAUGAUGAUAUUUAGUUGGCUUUGGUUUCAAAGUUUUUGUCAGUUUGGUUCAGGUUUUCUGGUUUAGAUCAGUGUUAUUUUGAUGUCAUUUGAAGUAUACGGGGCUGUCUACUUUAUGCUUUGGAUUUAUGAAUGGUUAAAAUAUUGGGUAUUUUAGUUAAUUAAUCAGAUAUCAUUUUAUUUUUUUUAUUUUUUUUUUUAAAUUUGGUAUAUGGUUGGAAUUUUCCUAUGUUUAAUUAAUAUACCUUUUGUGUUCGUAUUAAUUAUAUCAUAACUUCUUUUUAUCAUAUUAAAAGUGGUGAAAUGGU